AUGCGCUUUUCUACCAUCCAGGCACUUUCAGCACUUUCGCUAUGUUUUCUUCGUGUUUUCGCCGUGACUCUUGAUGUCGAGUCGGAAGACUCCAUCUGUGAGGCCGCGUGGGAAGUGAUUGUUGGCGAGCUCAACUACUACGAAGGUACAAAAUACGGCGGCACUGUCGGCAUGUUCUCCCCUCCCUAUUAUUGGUGGAAUGCGGGCGAAGUUUUCGGCGGCUGGGUCGACUACUGGGCCUUCUGUGCUCAAGACAAUGACACCUUUACAGAGCUUCUUUCCAAUGCUAUGUACCACCAGGCAGGUGACGAUUUCAACUAUAUGCCUUCUAACCAAAGUAUGACCGAGGGAAAUGAUGACCAGGGUGUUUGGGCAAUGGCGAUUAUCCAAGCAGUGGAAAGAAAUUUCACAAACACAGGCGACCACAGUUGGCUUUACAUGACUCAGGCCAUUUUCAACACCAUGAAGAACCGUUGGGAUACUACCACAUGCGGCGGAGGCUUGAGAUGGCAAAUCUUCACGUGGAAUCUGGGAUACAACUACAAGAAUUCCAUCUCCAACGGAUGUCUUUUCCAUCUUGCUGCACGCUUGUACCGUUUCACGGGGGAAAAGGUUUAUUUGGAAACCGCUGAAAAAGUAUGGAACUGGAUGUGGGAUGUCGGCUUUAUUCGUGACAGCCCUGAAUUUAUUAUUUAUGACGGUGCUGAUGACACAGAAAAUUGCACUGACUUGACCAUUCACAAAUGGUCCUACACUUAUGGUGUCUACUUGGCGGGAUGUGCAUAUUUAUACAAUGCAACCGGAAACGAAACCUGGGAGACUGGAGUGGCGCAAAUCCUUGAUGCUUCAUCUUACUUCUUCAACAAUUCCAUCAUGACUGAAACUACAUGUGCUCAGAGUAACAGUUGUAACAAUGACCAGCGUUCUUUCCGGUCCCUUUUUGCCCGCUGUCUCAGUUUAACGGCAGGUUUGAUGCCUGAGCAUUUCGACCAAAUCUACAACAACUGGAUUGUACCUAGUGCAAAGGCGGCUGCAGCUUCUUGUUCUGGUGGUAGUGAUCAUAUAACUUGUGGUGAGAACUGGUCUGUAGAUGGCUGGGAUAACAAGUAUGGUCUUGGAGAGCAAAUAUCAGCAGGCGAAACCAUCAUGGCUCUUAUCACAAGUAAGAAUACGCCAUUGACGCCAAAGACAGGCGGUCUGGAUGCCGGUGCCAGUGUGGAUGCCGGAAAUCUGACUUUGUCCAGUGUGAACCGGAACAAAAUUACAAUCACAGGAAAGGACCGUGCUGGAGCAGGUGUGCUUACGGCAAUUGUAUUGGGUGUCAUUCUUGCGGGAGCUGUGUGGAUGUUAUUUUAA